AUGUCAGUGGACUUUGGCCCAGCGACUACCCCACCGAGACCCCAAAUCCAAAACCGAACCCCUACAGAACAGGAAAUGUUCGAUCUUGAACUUCAAAGGAUCGAUAAAGAGCGUUUCAAUCUUCCAUAUGAUGCUGUCCAUCUCAUCGACUCCUCGUAUUUGAAGUUCAGCUGCUGCCAGUCGUACGACGCCUCGUCGCGAACUUUAAUCAUUACGAUCCCCGGGCGAAUUCAUGCUUCGGCAGCUCAACACUUUUCCUUUGCGCUCCACACGUCCAUAGUUGAGGCAAAUUUGGAAGAUGAGACCCAAUCAAUAGGCUCGGGUCGCAUGGAAGGGAAUAUGUGCUAUAAAGAACCAGAUGGCUCAUGGAUCCCACCAAAUCCUCCUCCAACUGAUGAUAUAUGGCCUUCUGUUAUAGUUGAAGUUACACACUCUGAAUCAUCGCGAAGACUCCAUCUUGACGCUAGCUGGUGGCUAGCCAACUCCCAGGGGGAGGUGAAAGUCGUGAUUCUGAUCUUUGUUGACCAAGGACGAGCGAAAGUCACUUUCGAGAGCAUCAUAAAUUCGCAACCGAUCAUAACUCCGCGUAAUGGUCAGCCCCGAUUUCAGCCAGUCACACGCCAAAAAAUUGAGGUUUCACGUCCUCCCGGCGGCUCAACAAUGCCAGUCAGUUGUGUGCCGGCCGAACCUCUACAUGUAUCUAGCGAAGAACUACUCCGCCGUGUGCCCGUUCCGCCAGAAACUGACGCCGAUAUCCCGGUACAAUCACUGAUCGAAGUCGCAACAAUGAUAUGGAACAUCCAGCGCGUGUAG